GUAUUGUUUUUCUUGUUGCAGGAAUUUUUUGUAGGCAAAAAAAAAAAUGUCAGCUCCUGCUUAUCCUGUAGAUCCAAAUAAAAAUGGAGCCUGGGCUCAAGGUGGCUACCCUCAGCCAGGUUAUCCUCCAGCCCAGCCUUAUCCAAAUGCUCAGUACCCAGGUCAACAAGGGUAUCCUGCUCAGCAGGGGUAUCCUGGCCAAACAGGAUACCCUGUGCAGCCAGGAUACCCUGUACAGCCAGGAUACCCAGUCCAACCUGGAUACCCAGUCCAGCCAGGCUACCCAAGUGCCCCUGGACAGCAAGGCAUGCCUGGCUUUGGUUUUGCUCCAAGACCAAUGGACCCUAACAUGUACAACGCAAGUCAAGGGAAUGUGUACAAUCGGAGAGGUGACGACCCCAAAGAUGACGAGGAGGAACUAGCCGCCUCAGGGCUGGGAGGCUCCUUCAAUGACAAGGCGAUCCGUCAUGCUUUUGUCCGCAAGGUCUACCUCAUCCUCAUGCUGCAAUUGCUUGUGACUGUGGGCAUCAUUGCGCUCUUCUCAUUUCAUUCGGGCGUGAAAAAUUUUGUUCGGGAAAACAUGUGGGUUGUGUGGCUGUCAUAUGCCGUCUUCUUGGUGACAUACAUCUCGUUGGUGUGCUGCACAAGCUUGCGUCGUAAAUGGCCUGGGAACUUCAUCAUGCUGAGCAUCUUCACACUCGCACUCAGCUACGUUACUGGGGCCAUCUCGUCUGCCUACGACACCGACAUUGUGCUUAUGACCGUCGGCAUCACUGCUGUCAUCUGCUUCCUCAUCUCCCUCUUUGCUAUACAGACCAAGUUUGACUUCACUGGGUGCGGCACAUACCUGUUCGUCGCUGGCAUGGUGCUCUUCGUGUUCGGCAUCAUCUCCAUCUUCACGUACAGCAACAUCAUGCACACCAUCUACUCUGCCGGCAUCGCGCUCCUCUUCUCAAUGUACCUGAUCUACGACACGCAAAUGCUCAUGGGCGGUCGUAAGUACGAACUCUCUCCUGAGGAACACAUCUUCGGGGCUCUUACUCUCUACCUCGACGUUGUGCAAAUAUUCUUGGCUCUUCUCAGCCUCUCCAAGAAUUGAAUUGCAUCUUCUUCUGCCUCUCCGUCCACGAUCUUCAAGUACCUGGUCUACGACACGCAGAUGAUCAUGGGCGGACGCAAAAUUGAACUCUCUCCUGAAGAACACAUCUACGCCUCCAUCCAACUCUACAUCGACAUCAUCAACAUCUUCACGGCGCUUCUCUCCCUCACUGACCAAUUCAAGUAAAUUCUUUACACGCAUCAUCACCACUUACUUAAAUUUACUGCAAUUAGACUAUUUAUCAGGUAAAUUGCCACCGGAUAUGAUGAAAUUACGAGAAAAUUGAUACCAAAUAAGAAUAUUUACGAGAUAAAUUGCCACCGUAUAAUGACGCAUCCAAGUACCUAUAUUACCUUCAAUUAAAAGGACAUACCAAUUAAAUUUCCGCAGAAGAUGGUGUCUCGGAUAAAUACUAAAAGAGAAGAUAACUUGUCAGCAAUACACGUCUGAAAAGUGGAAAUGUUGUCAUUUACUUAUGAUCUGUAAAAUUCUUGAAUGAUGCAAAUUUUAUUCAAAGUUGAAGUGAAUAACUUCAACUUUGCGUGGGACACGCUCGAAAUACUUACACUGCUGGACUUCGCCACGCAUUGUAACCUUCGUAAAAUAUCGCUCUAAUAUUACUGCUUAUUGAAUAUAUCAAUAUAUUUGUCUACUCCGAGAUAAGUAUGCAGUCAUUCGUAAAAUAUCUCGAUAUAUUACGUCUAAUUAAAUGUAUCGAUAAAAUUUACCUCUCUGAUAUAGGAUGUUAUCUCAUCUAUAUUUAUUACCUGGCUUCAGUUUAUCUUAUCGAAUGUUACGCGAAAUCCAAGCGAAUAUUGCGUUCAGCGAAUAUUGCCUUUAAUAUUCUCACAGGCCUUUAGUUUCAUUUCUGGGCUGCACACGCGCUGAAACAUUUCAAUCAAUUAUCGUGUUGAGAAUCAUUAUUGCCUUGUAUAAUUUUUGUAUUUCAAUCGAUUAGUGUGAGCUUUAAGAUUGAUUUGUUAAUCCCUCCUGAUUCUAUGAUCUGAUUUUUCUCUAGAAUAAGCAUUAUAAUUUUUAUUAAACUCCUAGACCUGACUUCCAAAUGGGAUCCUUUUUGUACUUCUCAAGGAAUUUUGUUAACGCAGAUAUUUGAUUUUUAGUUUGAAUUUCUCAUAUGGAAAUGAGAAUCUCGCUUGCAAUCCUCCUCUGUUGUUGAACAGAUGGCGCAUUUGAAAUAAUCUCUAUUUUGUGUUCAAACCGCGAGUUGAAGGACCGUUUCUUUGUUGGAAUCUUGCGAUCACUUGACGAACUUCUCUGCUUCAGCGGUCAAUGAUAACUACGAGUUGAAAAGUUUUAUGUGUGCGUUCAGGUCAAGUUUUCAUGAUAUUGUGCAUUUAUUCUCGUGUUGUCAAGUAUCUUGGUCGUAUCAGUGAAGAUCAUAGCCACAAGCCUCCUCUAGAGCAUUUAUCACAAUGCAUUGGCCUGCGUAAAAGCCAAAGUUGCAUUUAUCGACUUCCCAAUUAUCGCGUUCACUCGCUUAUGAAAAUUUUAUGUGCAGACGGCUUUCCUGACAUUCUUGAAAUCAUAGCGAUGAGGAUGACAAAUAUUCAAUAUUAAAGUCAUCUGGGUAUUUUCAUGUAUCAUUAUCUAGAUAAAACUUGUCAAUAAUAUUGAGCGUUUUACCAUCCGAAGGACGCUGGUUAAAUUGCAUUUUGUAGGCGCAACUUUCUGCUUUACUCGUACUUCAAUUUUGCGUAUGUUAUCAAUAAUGGAGUUACCGUUCUACUACUACUUCUAUUCAGAAGUAGUAGUAGACUACUUCUUUACCUACUUCUAUUCAGUCACAACUUAUUAUGCAGAGAUAAGAUUAUAUACGGUCACUGCUUCAAAACUGUCGUGUGUCAUCAGCUUUUGUUAGCUGCUCUGUACUACGUUAGCGACUGCACUGCUGGCGGACUAAUUUUCUCUGUUCUAAAGAAAGGACCUAUUGUCAUGCUUCUAAAAUCUAUGGACUAAGUUGUCAUUUUUUUUAUCGCCAGCUUUCCAGUAUUUGUGCUUUGCUGUCUUUCCUUAGCUCGAGUUUGUUUGCACGUAGCUUUUUCAAUUUUUUUACGCUUUCAACCUUUUUUUAGAGUCAUGAAUUUUUAGGUGCCUUUUGAAAAACUCGGUCCAUAAUUCUUCUUUCCGUUGACACCCUGUUUUGUCUUUUUAAUUCUCGAGUAUCAUUUGGAGUUUUGAUUAUUCACAUUUGUCAAUGGGUACGAACUCGCGCUUCUUCAGUCACCACGUUCAUUCUUUAAUAUGCAGUCCCUAAUUUUAUUUAUUCCAUAAUGGUGUGAUGAAAUCGUAAACUUGUAUUUCAUUAAUAAUUUACCAUCUGUUAUAAAUUCCAAUUUUCUUUCUAUACGUAAAUUUUAGUGGAUACAAAUAUUCACUGUUUUCGGCCCGAAAACACUUCAGUUGGAUGGGCCUUUUGACUGUAAAUGCUUCUGAGGCGUGUGGGCUGAAACGUUUGUAGUAUCCUCCUGGACGUUUUAAUCGUGUUCAUUGUAAGAGGAUUCAUUCGAUCUGAUGACGUCGUCGAACAAAGUUAAUUGUAUUGACGUUGAAUGUUACAUCACGAUGUCCUAAUAUAUAUAAUUCGUGGCUUUGAACUUACCGUAGAAUAGUUUUCAAUAGACGUUCUUGUAAGUUUAUGCAUGUUGUAUACUAGGCUAUUGAACUUGUCAGUGUUUACCUGCAGAUUCAUUAUUCGAAUAUAACCGACUUAUAUUAUUGUACGUAUCUUAAGCUAAUACAUGUUACUUCAUUCAGAAAGGUUUUUAUUUUGCAAAUCCUUUACAUUCUAAGGUGUAUGGUUUAAUUAUGUCCAUUCUCAUAUAAAAUGGUGCAACGGGGAAUUCAAGAAUCAACUAUUAAUAAGACAUAGGCAAAAUACAUAAA